CCAAUAGAAAAGUUACAGGAGUGUACAGGAGGAGCGCUCGCUCGUGCUCCGCCGCGGCAGCUACGGAAAUGGUGCCUAAACUUUUGCUCGCGCUGGUUUUUGUCUUGUGUUUUCACGGAACUCCGUCAAAUGGACAGAAGAAGAAGGAGACGCUGCUCUCGGAAAAGGUCGGACAGAUGAUGGACUGGACGGCGAAGAGAGCCGUGAUCCGAAUGAACGGAGACAAGUUCAGGCGGUUUGUCCGAGCGCCUCCGCGCAACUACUCCGUCAUCAUCAUGUUCACGGCCCUGCAGCCUCAGAGGCAGUGUGGAGUGUGCAGGCAGGCAGAUGAGGAAUACCAAAUCCUUGCGAAUUCCUGGCGCUACUCCAGCGCGUUUACCAACAAGAUUUUCUUUGCAAUGGUGGAUUUUGAUGAAGGCGCGGACGUGUUUCAAAUGCUUAACAUGAACUCGGCCCCCACGUUCAUCAACUUCCCAGCCAAGGGGAAGCCAAAGCGCGCAGACACGUAUGAGCUGCAGGUUCGAGGCUUUGCGGCUGAACAGCUUGCUCGAUGGGUUGCUGACAGAACCGAGGUUCAUAUCAGGGUGAUCAGACCACCGAACUACGCUGGGCCGCUGAUGCUGGGCUUGCUCCUAGCCCUCAUUGGGAGCUUGGCGUACGUGCGGCGCAAUAAUCUCGAGUUUCUCUACAACAAAAACGUCUGGGCUUUUUCAGCACUGUGUUUCGUUUUGAUCAUGACGUCCGGCCAGAUGUGGAACCACAUUCGAGGGCCUCCAUACGCUCACAAAAAUCCCAGCACCGGUCAAGUGAGUUACAUCCACGGAAGCAGCCAAGCUCAGUUUGUGGCCGAGACACACAUCGUUCUUCUGUUCAACGCAGCCAUCACUUUCGGGAUGGUGCUCCUACACGAGGCGGCGACUUCCGAUCUGGACAUCGGGAAGAGGAAGAUCAUGUGUGUCGCCGGAAUCGGGCUUGUGAUACUCUUCUUCAGCUGGCUGUUGUCCAUCUUCAAGGCCAAAUACCACGGAUAUCCUUACAGUUUCCUGAUGAAUUGAGUUAAGCACAGACCUGGAGUAUAAUUCCAGGAUCCUCAGUGGAAGGUCGACGUUUGAAGAACCCCUUUUUCCUCAGAACCUUCUACAGUUCAACAAGCCUUACUGGUUCACAAUAAUGAGUAGUGUAAUUUCUGUCUGAUUUCUUUGUGUGUGGGUGGGUGGGGUUUUUUUUUUGUUUGUUUGUUUGUUUGUUUGGGGUUUUUUUUUUUUUGUUUUUUUAACGUCCAAAUGAAUUUUUUGAUUGGUGUGUUGAAACAUUUUUUUAGCAAAAGCAACUGAGGACUUGUUACUCUGAAAGCUCUGGACAGUAGAUCAGAAGUAUUGUGAUUGUUGUGAUGUUUGCUGGUAAAUGCAUUAUUACCCUCUACAGGCUAUGCAGUCCUUCAUUUACCUGUUCUAACGUUAAAGGUGCAAACUCCAGGUUAGACGGCGCAUGAGGACGAGCACAACGUUUUCCACGCUACCUCGUGUCUCGACUCGUGUCCUUUUGAAGCGUUCCAAAGCCAAAACGAAGCAGUUUGUUAGUUAGUGUUCUGUAGUUGCUUUUGUCUGGGGGUAGAGGCUGAGUGUUCGAUUUGCGUAAAUCUUUGUGAUUCUGAUGUCCCUGUAUUCCAUUCAUGUUUUAAUACGCCCUUGUCGACUUUCCCUCACGACUCAGAAAGUGCCUACUGUCUGUCACAUGUGGCCAGGGAAUAGGACAUAACAGCGAGUGGAUAUUUCCGCCUCGUCAACCUGCGAGCAUAGUGUCGUUCCCAUGGUGAUUCGUACCGACUAUUACUUUUGAACCAUGCGCAGAGGCAUAUCGGCUCGCUGACUACUCGGUACAUUAUAUACCGUCAUAUAUAUUACGUCAGCCGUCUAUGGCGUUGUUAACUCGGUCCCUCAAACCUGCAGCAGGUUUUCAUUUGAGCUGAUUGACAGCAGGUGUUCCUCCAAGUGGAAGUGGACAAGUGUGUUUAAAACAGUAAUGGAACACAGCCCCGGUCCGCUUGUUAAGGAAAUGACUCGUACACCUAUGCUUAAAAAAAAAAAAAAAAUCAAGGUGCUGCUCUGUGUAAUGCCUCAGGUGAUGCCACAUGCCAUUAAAAGUGCCUUAAGUACCAGUUUGGUUGUGUGGUUGUGUUUUGUGCUUAAUAAUAUGAGAAUGUAAUGAAUAGGAAAACUGAUGAUGGCAGAGGAAAGGUGUAGCCCAAAAUACUCUACGUAUCUGUUUCGUGCUCCAAGUGAUUCAGAUUUAAAUCUGAAGUGGGCGUGGCCUAAAACAGAAGGGGGUUUACCCAACCUCUAUGCCUUUGGAAACACCGAGUACAUAAUUAGCAUCAGCUAGAGAUGUACGUAUUGAUGUACGUGUUGAUUCAUUGAACCCGCUCACACCAAUAUUAUUUGUGUUUGUAAAUGCCUGUGAACUUUUCUAACGAAUUUAGAUGGCUUUGUUUCCCAAAGUAUAAACAAACCAGCCUAAUUUUAACCACAGUAAUCCCAACCAGGAAGUGACCUAAGGAUGAAUAAACGAACCUUGUAAACA